ACUUAUUGCAAGUCUCAAAGGUCUAAUAAUAAUCUCAAUAACUUUGGUUAUACCACGUGCACACAUGGAACUUCAGUUAGGUCUUGCUCUCUCUACCGCUGAGGAAUUCAAGUCCAAACAAAUAGUGAGUUCAGAGUUAUGGAGACCCAGUUGCGGUUCUGAAAGUGGAAAACAUGUCAAACACAAGCGCAACUUUGAAGAGUCCUUUCAACGUUUUCUGAAACCUUUCCCUUUACUAGUAUGGAGUGGCCAGCCAAAUGAAGAAGAUGACCGUAGUCAAAAACUGCGUAGAAACAUUCACACACCCAACAAGAACGGUAAUGAAGAAAACCAUUUGGUGGGGUGGCCACCAGUGAAAUCAUGGAGAAGGAAAGAACUUCAUCAGCAUCAUCCUGGAAGAGGCGAAAUCAGGAACGUUGGGAUUCAAAAUCAAAGUAGAGGACCAAACUCUUUAUAUGUCAAGGUUAACAUGGAAGGAGUAACCAUAGGAAGGAAAAUCAAUUUGAGGCUUUUCAACUCGUAUAAAACACUUACAAACGCCUUGAUCAACAUGUUUGCUAAAUACCAAAAAUUGGAGGAAGCUGGAGAAAGUUACACACUCACCUUUCGAAACGAGCAAGGGGAUUGGCUGCAAGUAGGACAUGUUCCAUGGCAAUCAUUUGUUGAUACAGUGCGGCGUUUGGUGCUACUGAAGAAUGGAAGUGAAACUAUUUGAUACAGUUUAUAUAAUUUUGCUAUGAUGCUGUUUAUGGUGCUCCCUUCGGAGAAAAAGUAUUUGCUUUGAAAAGGUUGCAGAGAGCAAAAUAUGAAAAGUUGGAUUUCAAGUAACUGCUUCAACUUUAAUUCUUUAGUAAUAACUUUGUGUUACAGUUGUCUUACCUAGUUUGUGAUUCCACAACCUUAUUCCUCCCAUACAAAUAACUGUAACUGCAGACUUUUCUUUGUGAUUAAGGAUUGUCUUCAACACAAUAAAUUCGUUAUUUCUCUUGUUUUA